UUCUAGUAACCGUCCGGUUGGACUCAACUUCGUUGACCGGUUUGUUCUCAAGCCGUUUUGACUUAUCAAGCCCAUGUUAUGAAGAAAGCAAAAUAACUUCAAAAAGCCAUGGAUAAGGGCCUGCUGUCAUCAAGCAUAUAUGAAGUUAAGGACGAACUUGAAGAGAGGCUCGAGAGAUGCUAUUCUGUUGUAUGUGGUCUUGUGAACAGUUUGUCUGAGCGCGAGGCUAACGAUGCUCUAAAUUCACACGUCAGUAAAGGUGCCCAGCAACAUGAGGAAAUUCAACUGGGUCUUCUGUAUGCCAUUCUCACUGACCCAUCAAAUGCUGCUAAGAAUUACAGGGACAUAACCCUGGUUAAUCGGGAUGCCUUCAGUAUUGUACUCACUAGACUCAACCAGUUGAUAUUUGAGAAGUGGCUGAAGCUGAAAGACGUAGGUCGCUCACAAAUCUUGUGGCUGACAAGGGAACUAGUGAAGAACUCAGUGGUCGGAGCAGACGCUGUUGUAAAUGUUUUAAUGAGGCAAAUUGCAGGCGGUGAUAUAACUCCAAAGAAUGUGUGGCUUGCUGAAAGUGUCCUAGAUAUAUUGACAGAGUUCAGGCCUUGGCUAGAAAAGUAUCCUGGGUUGGUACCUGUUAUAAUCUACACCUACCUGAGAGUAAUUGUUGACCACACAGGACAGAUAUUUACAAACCUGCGCCAACGAGAGUCGGAAUUUGCUGCGUCUUUGUUGAGAGACAAGUGGUCAGAAUGCAUGGUAAUUGGCCGUGAUCUGCUCAGAUUGCUUCAGAAUGUCGCUAGGCUCCCUGAGUUUGAAUCAUUAUGGAGGGACAUAAUGCUGAAUCCUUCAAUUUUGGCUCCAAAUUUCACAGGCAUUCAGCAGCUCCUAACAAUACGCACAUCGAGGAAGUUCCAGAUCUCCAGACUGACACCUGACAUGGAGAACAAGCUUGUGUUCCUCACAACAAAGGUGAAGUUUGGUCAGCAUAAACGCUAUCAGGACUGGUUCCAGAGACAGUAUUUGUCUACCCCGGAGAGUCAAUCUCUGAGAUGUGAUCUCAUUCGUUACAUUUGCUGUGUGUUCCAUCCAUCCAACGAGUUGCUGUGCUCUGAGAUCAUACCACGUUGGGCGGUCAUAGGCUGGUUGUUACAGACCUGCACAUCCAAUGUUGCUGCAUCAAAUGCCAAGUUGUCCUUAUUUUAUGAUUGGAUCUUUUUUGAUCCUGAAAAAGACAGUAUAAUGAAUAUUGAACCGGCAAUACUAGUUAUGUUUUACUCAAUGCGAUCACAUCCAGCUAUAACUGCAACAUUAUUAGACUUUCUUUGUAGGAUCAUGAACAACUUCUGUUCGACACAUACUGAACAAGUGAGAUCGGGAAUACACAAAUCUUUGAAGACCAUACUAGAAAAGCGUGUCUUACCAUCAUUGCAACCAUUGUUUGAAAACCCCAAACUUGAUAAAGAGUUGCGCGCUUUGGUGCAAUUGAACUUUACUGAGUUUAUAUCAACAGAUGCUCCUUUAAAGGCUGAAGACGAGGAUGGGAUGAACAAGGAGAUGACAGGUCUAGAUAUGGACGAGGAAACAAACCACUUUACUGUGGAAAACAACCUCUCAGAUGCUGCUUUCUCAGAUGACGAAGAUGAUGUGGUUGACAGAAACAACCAUGAAGAACGUGGUUUUCAUCCCAUACGAGAUCCUCACCGCUACCAGUCUAUUGAUAUCACUGAGCAUUUGCAGCAGUUGGAUGGAGAUAUAAGAGAUUAUGCCAUGCAGUUGCAGGAAGAGAGGAGCCAAGAAGACCAGUGUGAGAGUAUGGAUCACCUGAUGCAGUCGUUUGUCCAUGAGGCUGAGGAAUACGAUGGUGACAUGGUCGCUGUACUGGCGUUGUGCCUUUGUCAGAUACUCAUUGAAGAGUUCAACAACAAUAUCUUUCCUGAAGAAGUAGAUGACGAAUCUCUGGAGGAGUCCAUAGGGACGCCACUGUUUGUGAUGCUGAGAUUUCUCAGUGCCACGCCAGAGGAGUCCCCCUCUCGGGCCCCACUAUUUCAACUCCUGGGGGAAAUGUACAUGAAGCAGCCUAGAAUCGGUUACCUCCUGCUGUAUUUCUUGAAAAUUGGGAAAAUCAAUGACGAGAGGAUGCAGACCUACCGGGACUUUGUGAAGAGCCUUGAGAGCCACUACACACUGGAGUCAUGCCUUGUAGCGGACAUGAAGAUAUGUGAAGAGGACGACAUUCGUUUGUUCACAUUCUUACUACCUGAUAUCUAUUCUCAGUUUACGUCGGUUUGUGUAGGCAAUACAGAGCUGUUGCACAUGGUGGUAUCCACCAUUGAUGGGUCCCAGCUGCAAGAGCUGAUCUGCCAAAUACUGCAGGGAAACCUGGUCAUGUUCCGUAAAGAAUCCUUCCUCAAAGUGCUUAAUGCCAGUUUGGAAUGGGAGACUCUGGAACAGUAUUUCCUAUGGCAGCUGAUCACAGCUCAUAAUAUACCUCUAGACUAUAUGAUGCCCAUUCUUCCAAAACUAGACUACCAUUCGCACGCGGAAGCUUUGACGAGCAUUAUGAUAUUACUGAAACAAGACUGCCCAUCGUCAGACCUAUUGAGACCAAUACUAUGCCGGGAGUGUAAGAAGAAUGACUUCUUCACUGUGUCCAUUCUGAACUACUGGGCGCAGGAGUUUGAGGAUAAACUAGCGGAAUUAAUCUACACACAGUUUGCUAAAGUGAACAGCGGUGGUGGUACACCUAGCAAGAAACGACACAGACCAGGAUCAAACUCCAAAAAGGAUGUGCCUACCGCUGACCAGAUCCUGGCUCAUCUUGACCACAUGCGGCAGAUCUGCAGAAAUAUCUCUUUGUUACAGCAUGCAAGUGUGCAGUUGGCUCUCCAGCAGGCUCAACAAACAGCCAAUGAUACACAAAAGACAAAGUUCAGUGACCUACUUGCGCUGGCCGAGGACAUGGUGGACCUGAAGUCCAUGCGGGUGUUACGAGGCCUGCCGGGGCGUAGGGCGGCAGCAGCAGCAGCUUCCACGUCAUCCAAAACUUCAGGGAAGAGCCGAAAGCUGAAUGAGGAGAGCUCCAGUGAAUCAUCCAGCAGUGAGGAAGAAACUAUAAAACCAAGGGCAAAGAAAAGGAAGAAGACUAACCCAGUGGAUGAUGACAGUGAAUAAACAGCUGCUUUAUAAAACAGCAAAAGAAAUUUUGUGGAAAAGUUAAUUGGAUGAACUACGUUUUCAUAAAAACUACUAAGAACAUAAAGAACUUCUGUGUUUUAAUGAAUUUCUACUUUGACUAAAUUGUGUUUGGUAUCCUUUUGAUUACAUAUACAUGACAAUGAGUUUGACCAUGAAUAUGAAUUUGACAAAAUUUGAAAAAAUUGUUCAGAAUAUGGCAUGCGUCUUGGGAAAAUGGGUCUUAUGGCUUUUGUUGCCAAUGUAGCUUCAGAAACGCGUUUGCAUCGGUACAGUAUGGUCAGGAGUCAUCCUAUCCGUUAAGGAGACCCCAAAAUCAUGUGUGACUUUAUAGUGGAGUGUAGCACUUGACCAGACUGAGCCAAUCCGCAGUUUGGUCUGGAGCUAUGCUGGCUGUAUAUGGCAUUAGACCCAUUUUUGCAUGGCGCAGGUUGUAUUAGAAACAUGUAUGGUAAGCAUUAUGUUGUUUGUUGAGCAUCAUCAAAAUUGUGGAUGAACGUUAUGUUUAUGUGUUCAGUGGCUAUGCCUCGUAUGUUUUCUGGCGUCCCUUUUGUUGCGUCAACAAUGUAAUUGUGAUUGAAGCAUAUAUUUUUCAUGCCUGUUAUUAAAGAAACUUUUCUUCUGAAAAUGUUACAAAACCACAAAGGUUUUCAGAAAUGUUAGAGUAAAAUUGUUGAGUAUUGUGUGGAGAUUUUAAUGUAAAGUAAUCAAUUAAUUCUUCUGAGGUGCAAUUAGAGAGAAAUGUAAAUUAUAUAUAGAUCUAAAGCUUCUCUGCACAGAAAA